UUGGGGAUGGCUUGAAUUUAUGGGAGUCCCAUGAGAGCCAGAAUAAAGGUUUGGGGCUUUUCACUGCUGCUUCAGUUUCUGGUGUGACUAUAUGCUGCCUGCUGCAUCUGGAGACUGCAACAACUUCUGCAACAGACCAAUAAACAUGACGCACAGGACAUGGAAUCAAAAUUACUCUGACUGAAGAAAUUCUUAUUUGUCCUAUUUUAAACCUUUUUCUCCUGAAUUUCACUGCCAGGAGAGCUACGGAGUACAGGGCACAAGUUCUUAAGGAGUCAGCAACACUGCAAGAGAAGUCAUGGUCCCCUCCAUGCACUGGCUCCUGCUGCUGUGGGGACUUCAGGGUCUGUUGGCACAGGACUAUGAAGAAGGCGAUGAAGAACCAGCGGUAACCCCCAAGAAGAAGAACAAAGUAUAUUCUUCAAACUUCAUACCUCCAAAUGGCAAAUCGCUUGUUGAUGAGGACUGCAGUUUGGAGAUAGCUUUUCUUAUCGAUAGCUCAGAGAGCGCUAAGGACAACCAUGCCCAGGAAAAGCGCUUUGCCUUAGACUUGAUGGACCGGCUGCAGGGCCUGCGGCUGCAGACUGGACGGGGGUUGAGUUCCCGUGCAGCCCUCCUUCAGUACAGCAGUCACGUCAUCAUAGAGAAGACUUUCAAACAGUGGCGAGGCACAGAAGACUUUAAGGCCCGAAUUUCUCCAAUUGUGUACAUUGGCCACGGCACCUACACCACCUAUGCCAUCACUAACUUGACCCGCAUCUACUCAGAAGAGUCAGAUACCAGCAGUGUAAAGGUGGCCAUUCUGCUCUUUGAUGGCAUCUCUCAUCCAAGGAACCCAGACAUAUUCUCAGCUGUGGCUGAUGCCAAGAACCAGGGUGUCCGUUUCUUUGCCAUAGGAAUCACGCCUGAAGCCAACGAGCUGGCUAAUAAAGCACAGCUGCAGCUAAUUGCUAACUCUCCAGCUUCCCGCUACCUUCACAACCUGCAGGACAGAAACGUUGUGGAAAAAGUUAUUAAAGAAAUUACAGCUGUGGCUGAUGAAGGGUGCCCCGUGCAGAGCAAAUGUGCAUGCGAGAAGGGUGAGAGGGGACCCAGUGGACCUGCUGGUAAGAAGGGUCGUCCUGGAGAGGAUGGAAGCCCUGGCCCAAAAGGACAAAAGGGUGAGAGUGGGCUCGGUGGACUUCCAGGUCGAAUUGGAGCAGAGGGAAAACCAGGAUACAAAGGGGAGAAGGGAGAGAGGGGGGAGUGUGGCACACCUGGAGUUAAAGGAGACAGAGGUCCUGAAGGACCAGUUGGACCAGGAGGAAAUCGUGGACUUCAGGGCUUAUCCGGCCCACCUGGUGAUACUGGACCUGAAGGUGUGAUGGGCAAAAAAGGGGAAAGGGGACUUCCUGGGCCACCUGGAAUCCAAGGGGAACAAGGGAUUGGCCUUCCGGGACCCAAGGGUGAUAUUGGUUUCCAGGGGCAACCAGGGCCUCCAGGUCCUCUAGGAAUUGGUGAGCCUGGACCACCGGGACCUCAAGGACCACAGGGAGUCCAAGGAGAGAGAGGGCUGAUAGGAGAAGGUCUGCCUGGACCAAAGGGAGAGCGAGGCUUGGAGGGGCCACGGGGACCCAGAGGACAGCUGGGUGCUGGAAUCAAAGGAGACAAGGGGGAUUUUGGGCCACCGGGUCUUCCAGGGCUUGUCGGUCUCCCAGGACUAGGCAUACAGGGUGAGAAGGGCAUAGAGGGUCCAAGGGGGCCACCGGGAAGCAGAGGUCCACCAGGAGAAGGCAUGCCUGGGCCCAAGGGAGACCAAGGGUUUCCAGGUGAAAUUGGUGCUCCAGGGGAGAGAGGGGCUGGAGACCCUGGAGCUAAGGGUGAACCAGGAUCAUCAGGAAUGCCAGGUUUGCCUGGGCUUCCAGGGGAGGAUGGGGCCCCUGGACAGAAGGGCGAGCCCGGAGCUAUUGGCCUAAGAGGGCCAGAUGGCGCUCCUGGAAUUGGUAUCCAAGGUGAAAAGGGUGACCAAGGCCAAAGAGGAAUCAGAGGCUUGACUGGGCCGCCAGGCAUUGCUGGACCCUCAGGACCAAAGGGAGAACCAGGAGCGCAAGGCAGGCUGGGUUUGCCUGGUCCUCCAGGACGCUUCAUCACUGGACCCAAGGGUGAUCCUGGUCCAAAUGGCCCUCCUGGUCCAGUUGGGGAGACUGGCUAUGGACUUCCUGGUCCUAAGGGUGACCGAGGAGAUCGAGGCCCUCCAGGCCCAUUUGGUCCCAAAGGAGACGGCUAUCCUGGCCCCAUGGGUCCUCCUGGGCUGCCUGGACUUCCAGGAGAACCUGGGCCGGAGGGAGUGGGCGUUCCUGGACCGAAGGGCGAUAUUGGAUUUCGAGGGUUGCCUGGUUUACCAGGACCUCCAGGUGAAGGCCUCCCAGGACCUCUGGGUAACCCUGGGAGACCUGGUCCACCUGGGCCAACAGGUCCUCAAGGGCAAGGAGUUCAAGGGCCAAAGGGUGAACAGGGGGCCCAAGGUGUGGUAGGACCAAGAGGAAUACCUGGAGAAGGCUUUCCUGGAGCUAAAGGUGAUCGAGGUUUGACAGGGGAGAGGGGGCUGAAGGGGAUCAAAGGAAAUGUAGGAGACCCUGGAACCCCAGGGCAACCUGGCCGAGUCGGUGCCAAAGGUGAAGCUGGCCUCACUAGAGAAGACGUCAUUCGAUUGAUCAAAGAGAUCUGUGGAUGUGGGAUCAAGUGUAAGGAGAGGCCUAUGGAGCUGGUGUUUGUCAUUGACAGCUCAGAGAGUGUGGGGCCUGAGAACUUUGAAAUCAUCAAGGACUUUGUGAAUGCAUUAGUGGACCGGGUAACAGUGGGCCGAAACGCCACCAGGAUUGGCCUGGUCCUGUACAGCCUGGAGGUGAGAACUGUAUUCAACUUGGCCCGCUAUAUCACCAAACAGGAUGUCAAGAAUGCAAUCAGAAACAUCCCAUAUAUGGGAGAGGGCACCUACACUGGUACAGCUAUCCGCAAGGCUACGCAGGAGGUCUUCCAUAGUUCACGUUUGGGAGUAAGCAAAGUGGCCAUCGUGAUUACUGAUGGGCAAACCGACAAGCGAGAACCAGUGAAGCUGGAUAUAGCUGUGCGAGAAGCACACGCUGCCAAUAUUGAGAUGUUUGCCCUGGGGAUCGUUAACACCUCAGACUCAACGCAGGCCGAAUUCCUGAAAGAACUGAAUCUAAUCGCAUCUGAUCCAGACACGGAGCACAUGUUCCUCAUUGAUGACUUCAACACCCUGCCAGCCCUCGAAUCCAAGCUGGUCAGCCAGUUCUGUGAAGAUGAGAAUGGAGCCCUAAUAUAUAACAGAAUAACUAAUGGCUACAACGGCUAUGGAAACAAUGGUUAUAAUGGGAACAAAAAUUUAAUCAAUGGAAAGUAUGCUACUGGUGGCUAUGGGUACAGGCCUGUGACCCAACCGGAAGUAGAGAAUGGACGUCAGACUGGUAUCAGCACUGGUACCAGCACACACAGCCAUGGAGGAAUGAUAGAGACCACCCAGCAUGAGAUUAAAGGAUCCAACAGAGUACAUGAAGGAGGGGUGCAGCGUGGGGACACAUUUACCCACAGCACCUCAGACAAACAUCUCUCUCCAUCCAGGGAACACUCUUCAUCAUCAUCAUCUUCAUCCACAAGCAUAAGUACAACAUCCUCCGGUGUUUCUGUACAGUAUGUACCUGUACCAAGGCCAGUUCUUCCCAAAGAGACUGUCCCCUUGGACCCCCGCUGUGGCUUGGUUCUGGACCAAGGCACGUGCAGGGACUACAGCAUCCGCUGGUACUAUGACAAACAAGCAAACGCGUGCGCCCAGUUCUGGUACGGAGGCUGCAAUGGCAACAAAAAUCGAUUUGACACAGAGGACGAGUGCAAGAGGACAUGUGUGGAAGUCAGAUCAACUGGUGGCUGAGUGAGGGCAUCCGUCACACAUCUGCCUACAUUUCGAGGAGGGGCAGCUAUGACCAGCCAUUUUUCACAGGGUUAUGUGAAGUUUUAGCAUAAUUCUCAGGCAUAUACAUGUACACUGAUGUUCUGUAUCAUCUCCACAUUUUUGCCUCUUCCUCCAGGAUCUCUUGUAAUUACAGUGAAAAAAAGGAACGUAGCAUGGAUAGAUAGGGCAGGAGAUCAUCCGUCUUCUCUCAGGAAUACAGAUGAGGGCUGGCUCGUAGCGUGUUAGGAGUUCCAGAGGACUUGACAUACCCACAGAUCAUUUUUUUCAUACAAAGCCUGAGUGCUGCAAAUGUGUUGAAAAGAUGGACUAUAACUAAUAACUCCAGUGCUUCAUGACUUGCCAUAUAGAUUUAAUUUCCUUACUCAAUCACUCUGAGGUCUAUUAGUGCAUAUUCACAAAAAACUAAAAACACACAGUAGAGAUGAAGUUUCUCAUCCCUUGUAUCGAUCAAAUAUAGUUUUUUUUUCUUUUCAUAUAUAUGAUUCCUAACUUUAUGGAAUCUUUCUGAGCAUUUGAAUGUGUUUUUUCUUAGAUUUACUGAAUGAAAAAUGUUUACACUGUUUCACUUCACAAGCUGUAACAAUAAUAGAAAUACAUGCAUACAUGUGUACUCACACACACUGCCCUCUACUGGGUAACAAGUGUUAAUGUCAUAACUGACGUCUGCUGUAUGAGCAGAAAACCUACUGUUGAACACCCCGUCUUUGUUGCUAGGCUAUACUGACUGCAUUCAUACAUACUGUACUAAGUGCUACAUGGUCAUCAUUUAAUAUCAAACAUUUUUGAUAAAUCAGUUCUAAAGUAAUAUGUGUAAAAUGCACCAACGUUAUUGUAUGAACAUGAUUUGGAGUAUGGGGGUAUUUUUUCUAAAAUAAA